ACGCUGAUGGACUCCACGACGGCAACGGCAGAGCUGGGCUGGACGGUGCAUCCUCCCUCAGGGUGGGAAGAGGUGAGCGGGUACGACGAGAACAUGAACACGAUUCGCACCUACCAGGUGUGCAACGUCUUCGAGUCCAGCCAGAACAACUGGCUCCGCACCAAGUACAUCCGGCGGCGCGGAGCCCAUCGCAUCCACGUGGAGAUGAAGUUCUCCGUGCGGGACUGCAGCAGCAUCCCCAACGUCCCAGGCUCCUGCAAGGAGACUUUUAACCUCUACUAUUUCGAGUCGGACUUUGACUCGGCCACCAAGACUUUUCCGAACUGGAUGGAGAACCCUUGGAUGAAGGUGGACACGAUUGCCGCCGACGAGAGCUUCUCGCAGGUGGACCUGGGCGGGCGGGUGAUGAAGAUUAACACCGAGGUUCGCAGCUUUGGGCCUGUCUCCAAGAAUGGUUUCUACCUGGCCUUCCAGGACUAUGGAGGCUGCAUGUCCUUGAUCGCCGUCCGCGUCUUCUACCGCAAGUGCCCCCGCGUGAUCCAGAACGGGGCCGUCUUCCAAGAAACCCUCUCAGGAGCUGAGAGCACCUCGCUGGUGGCAGCCCGUGGGACCUGCAUCCCCAACGCGGAGGAGGUGGACGUGCCCAUCAAGCUGUACUGCAACGGGGACGGGGAGUGGCUGGUGCCCAUCGGCCGCUGCAUGUGCCGGGCGGGCUACGAGUCGGUGGAGAACGGGACCGUCUGCAGAGGUUGCCCAUCAGGGACGUUCAAGGCCAGCCAAGGGGAUGAAGGAUGUGUCCACUGCCCCAUCAACAGCCGGACGACCUCAGAAGGGGCCACCAACUGUGUCUGCAGAAAUGGAUAUUACCGGGCAGAUGCCGACCCUGUGGACAUGCCCUGCACCACCAUCCCCUCUGCCCCCCAGGCCGUCAUCUCCAGCGUGAACGAGACCUCCCUGAUGCUGGAGUGGAGCCCCCCGCGGGACUCGGGGGGCCGGGAGGACCUGGUCUACAACAUCAUCUGCAAGAGCUGCGGGUCGGGGCGCGGGACCUGCACCCGCUGCGGGGACAACGUCCAGUUUGCCCCCCGGCAGCUGGGCCUGACCGAGCCCCGCAUCUACAUCAGCGACCUGCUGGCCCACACCCAGUACACCUUUGAGAUCCAGGCUGUCAACGGGGUCACCGACCAGAGCCCCUUCUCCCCACAGUUUGCCUCGGUGAACAUCACCACCAACCAGGCCGCUCCUUCAGCAGUGUCCAUCAUGCACCAGGUCAGCCGCACCGUGGACAGCAUCACCCUCACCUGGUCCCAGCCCGACCAACCCAACGGGGUCAUCCUGGAUUAUGAGCUGCAAUAUUAUGAGAAGGAACUGAGCGAAUUAAACUCCACCACAGUGAAGAGCCCCACCAAUACCCUGGCAGUGCAGAACCUCAGAGCUGGCACCAUCUACGUGUUCCAGGUGCGGGCGCGCACGGUGGCCGGGUACGGCCGGUACAGCGGCAAGAUGUACUUCCAGACCAUGACUGAAGCUGAGUACCAGACCAGCAUCCAGGAGAAGCUGCCUCUCAUCAUCGGCUCCUCAGCAGCCGGGCUGGUGUUCCUCAUCGCCGUGGUUGUCAUCAUCAUUGUGUGCAACAGACGGGGCUUUGAGCGCGCCGACUCGGAGUACACGGACAAGCUGCAGCACUACACCAGCGGGCACAGUACGUACCCUGGGGGUGCCCCCUCCCCAGUGCCCAGCACAGGGGGACAAUCCCUGCCCUUGACCCCAGGGAUGAAGAUUUACAUCGAUCCCUUCACCUAUGAAGAUCCCAAUGAGGCUGUCAGGGAAUUUGCAAAAGAAAUUGACAUCUCCUGUGUCAAAAUUGAGCAGGUGAUUGGGGCAGGGGAGUUUGGUGAGGUGUGCAGUGGGCAUCUCAAGCUUCCUGGCAAACGGGAGAUCUUUGUGGCCAUCAAGACCCUCAAGUCUGGUUACACAGAGAAGCAGAGGAGGGACUUCCUGAGCGAGGCCAGCAUCAUGGGGCAGUUCGACCACCCCAACGUCAUCCACCUGGAGGGGGUGGUGACCAAGAGUUCACCAGUCAUGAUCAUCACUGAGUUCAUGGAGAAUGGCUCGUUGGACUCCUUCUUGCGGCAAAACGACGGGCAGUUCACGGUGAUCCAGCUGGUGGGGAUGCUGCGCGGCAUCGCGGCCGGCAUGAAGUACCUGGCAGACAUGAACUACGUGCACAGGGACCUGGCUGCCAGGAACAUCCUGGUGAACAGCAACCUGGUCUGCAAGGUCUCUGACUUCGGCCUCUCCAGGUUCCUGGAGGACGACACAUCUGAUCCCACCUACACCAGUGCCCUGGGUGGGAAGAUCCCCAUCAGGUGGACAGCACCUGAGGCCAUUCAGUACAGGAAGUUCACCUCGGCCAGCGACGUCUGGAGCUACGGGAUCGUCAUGUGGGAGGUGAUGUCCUAUGGAGAGAGGCCCUACUGGGACAUGACCAACCAGGAUGUGAUCAAUGCCAUUGAGCAGGACUAUCGGCUGCCGCCCCCCAUGGACUGUCCCAACGCCCUGCACCAGCUCAUGCUGGACUGUUGGCAGAAGGAUCGAAACCACAGGCCCAAAUUUGGGCAGAUUGUCAACACCUUAGACAAAAUGAUCCGAAAUCCAAACAGCCUGAAAGCCAUGGCACCUCUCUCCUCUGGGAUGAACCUCCCCCUGCUUGACCGCACCAUCCCGGACUACACCAGCUUCAACACUGUGGAUGAGUGGCUGGAUGCCAUCAAGAUGAGCCAGUACAAGGAGAGUUUUGCCAGUGCUGGCUUCACCACCUUUGAUGUAGUAUCUCAGAUGACUGUAGAGGACAUUCUACGGGUCGGGGUCACUUUAGCAGGACACCAGAAGAAAAUUCUCAACAGCAUCCAGGUGAUGAGAGCACAGAUGAACCAAAUCCAGUCUGUGGAGGUUUGAUGGUUGCGUGUCCUCCCACUCCUCUUCCUUCAGGCCGUGCUCCCCUUUGCCCCUGUCUGUCCAAGCUCCAGUUCUUGAGGGUUCUGCAUGGACCAGAGACAAGCAGCUGCUCUGAGGAUCAUGGCAACAGGAAGAAAUGCCCUAGGAUCAGUCAUGAGAGGUCACCAAGAGCUUCUAGAAUCUAAGCAAUGGGAAAAGGGAA